AUGUCAUCACGCAAGGAGACCUGCCGCAUCUCGGUCGCUGGAACAGGAACAGGAAUAGGAGCGAGCUCGCCUGAAUGGCUCCCUCAGAACAUUUCGGAAACAUUGCCUGCUCUGCCUUAUACUUCCACCGAAUGGUCCAGAGUGAUUGCCGACGUCAAGGGAGAAUUCGUCAGCCGUUGCUACCAUCCUUGUGCAACUCGGUGUAGCGAGAUCUUGGACAAUCUCAAGGAUUCUAGCAUGGUUGAGCCAGCAUAUCUCAUUUACCUUCACUUUUAUGCCGCCAACUCACUCGAGAUGCUCGCCCGGGCACUUGAUCAAGCCGCUCCAGCACGUGUGACUCUCUUCUACCAGGCUCGCGACCAUUAUCAACGAGCUUCGACGCUCAUCAACGCCGCCGAUUCAACUGUCGGUCCAGCUUUGCUACGAAGACCGUCUGGGACUAUGACAACACUCCCCAGCCUCCACUCCGCUGACAGCUCUGUGAGCUCAUAUGUGUCAUCCACAUGGACUUCGUCUCACAGCUUAUCUCCUGCAUCGUCAAUCUCAUCUAUUCAGAGCACACCUACCUCCAAGCGAAAGAAGAAGCGUGUGACAUUCAGCGAUGUCCCUGUGGAACUUCUCGAGCGUCCCGAUUCACCAACGCUCGGCCUUGGUAGCUUCCUGGGACCUGCUCGCUCAUCAUCACCGGAAUUAACUGGGAACUAUUCCACUGUACCAGCACUUAGGGCUUCGUCACAGCCUCCUCGGUCAAUUCUCACGCCACGCUCCACACAGAAUGAGGCUGCACCGUAUAUCGACUCAGAGCUCGAUCCCUUCCGGCAUGCUCGGUCAGUGCAUCGUUAUAGUGCUCUCCUUACCAGCCUACAACAACAGGUUUUCCGACACCUCAACUUCAUCGAGGCGGAGCUGGGCCGGCAGCAAACCUAUAUACCAGAGGAAGAAACGCCGCCAUCACCGAGCACAUCGAUCAUGGCCCCAACUACGCCGGGUACACCAAAUGCCGACAAGACGCGCUCACCAGAGCUUCAGGCACGGAUAGAACGGCUAAGGGCAAAGGGAUGGGAGCGUAAGCGGUUUGAUGCGCGACGAUAUGCUGAGCUACGCGAAAGUGCUGCAGCAGACAUGGAAUAG